CCAGCCCCCCCUGCAGUGCCGAGGGCGGGGGUGUCUCCUCCUUCCUUCCCUCUCCCCUGAGGUACGGGUGCCCCAGCCCUCUCGGCCGGCUGAGGGAAGGGAGCAGCCGCCCGCCGGCGGUGCCCCGGGCCCCCGCGCUGAGGGAACGGGGGUGUCUUUCCCCCCGCUGAGGGGCUGAGGGAAAAGGGGUGCCUCUCUUUCAGCCCCCGGACAAAACAAUGGCUAUAGCUGCAGUUACCGAGGCGGAAACCCGGCUGUGUGGCAACUGCAAAAAGGAUAUUCCUGCUGCUAAUUUCAUCAUUCAUGAAAUCCACUGUAGCAGAAAUAUUGAAGUAUGCCGCUACUGCAGUGAAUCAAUCCCGAAGUCUGAAAUGAAGAACCACAUUGAGUCUGAACAUGUGCAGGUUACCUGCAAGUGUAGGAUGAAGAUAGAAAACAGUCUCUUGAAGGAUCAUGAGGCGUCAGCUUGCCCUCUGCGUCCAGCCCUCUGCCAGUACUGUGACAUACAGCUUACUUUCAACAAGCUCCAGGACCAUGAAAUUUACUGCGGAGCUAGGACUGAGACAUGUGGUGGGUGCGGUCGUAACGUCAUGGUGAAAGAUCUAAAAGAGCAUCCUCGAGUCUGUGGGCAAGAGGUGAAACAAGUAAGAGGGAGCAGAACGGUGCCUCGCUUUGAGGAUGAGGAUGCAGAUUUGCACGCCCUUCGAGACGUUAGAAACCGACUAAGAUCAGGUAACUCUGCUGGGCCUUUGUGGAGGAUGCCCAAGGUGCUGGAAAAGCAGAUUUAUCGCAGCUGUGUAGGAGAUAAAACCCUUGAGGACAUCAGCAGAAGAAAUGUUUCAGCAGUGCAAAGAAAUCAAAAGCAAGAGGAUGAACUGGAGCAGUUGGAGAGAAAUGAAAACACUCAUUCUUCACUUUAUGACGAGUGGAAUGCCGAUUUAGACUACGUGUUGGCUCUUAGCCUACAAAAUGAGAAUAAUCCUCGCAAUAAUACUGCAGCUGAAAUUCCCAGUGACGUCUGGGAAAACUGCUACACCAAAGAGUCUGUGCCAUCUGCCUGUCUUAAUGAGACAGACAAGUCAAAUGUCCUCUCCUGUGACUCUCUAGUGGCUUUUAGCACGUCAAACCACAUAAAAAACGAUGAGAUCAUCAUGUUGCCAUGUGAAUUUUGUGAGGAGCUCUGCCCUGCCGAAGAUCUGAUUCUUCACCAGACAGGUUGUAACCCAGCAAGUGCCUUUGCCUCGUUCAGUAAAAGAAGUUCUCCAAACCCACAAAAAUACGAUGGUCUGCGUGCUGUUGGGUCCAAAAGCUGCAGGUCUCUCUCUUCAUCCCAGCCCCAAGCUGUCUGGGCAGAAGGAGACAUUAUGAUUCCGUGUGAAUUUUGUGGCAUCCAACUAGAAGAGGAGACGCUCUUUCAUCAUCAGCACCAUUGUGAUCUGCGCCCAGCCAGCCCAGCAGCCAGCUUUCCGUCUCGGCAGCUGCUGUCUCCUCAAGCCAACAGAGAGAGAAGAGAAUCACCAGAGCUGGCUCGGAGACGAAUCAGGCAUCAAGGAGAUGUUUCUCCUCAGUGCACAGAAGGCUUUGGGCAGCAGAGGCUCAGCUAUCCUGCACGAGGGACCAAGUCCCUGAGUAAUACGGCAAACGCCAGGAACGCACCAUCGUCCUCUUCGGCGAGAGCUAGCGAUGCUCCCGACUCGAGAGGGAAGCCCGGGAAAGUGGCUGGCAACGAGGGAAGACCGAAGAACAGAGGUGCAAAUGGAUCUGCCGGCGGGACAACGCCACGUGCGAGACCUGCUCAGAGCUUUCCUUCAGAAGCCUUCCCAUCCAGCUUCUCGAGAACUCCUCCAACCCAAGCAAGCACCAGCAGUGGCGGAGGAAGGAGCCUCGGGAGGUCGGGUGCUCCCGUCGGCGUCAGGCGCAGGAACGCGCAGCACCAGUGCAAGACAGCAAAUACGCUUCUACCUUGGGAACCACACGGGUGAUGUUUCCGUACUGGCUCUUUGUGACACCCAGUGAAAGAGAAUUUUUGACACCCCGAGCUUCAAGCGUGGGUCCUGCUGCUCCUGCGCUAGGGCGUUAUUCCCAAGGCAGCACCCAGAGACGGAAACCAAAAGGGAGCCGUCGCAGCCGGCACGAUGCCGGGGAAGAGCUGAGCCUGGGAGCCGACCCGAGUCCUUUGGAGGAGAGGCUCCUCGGCUGGCACGCUGGCCAACACCCCACGCUGCGAGGGGUUGAAUCGAGUGGUUCUGCAGCAGCGAGAGGCGACGGGGCAGCACUGGAGCCCCUGCGCCUGUUCCUAAAGCUUAACGUCACCUCUCCCUGUGGCUGUGGCUCAGCCGGGCGAAGCCGCCUGCGCCCCACGGGGACGGAGGGGUCUGCGCCUCGAGCUGCACGGCCUCGGGUGGUACCGGACACGGCGAGGGGGACGACCACUGUCAGUGGGUAAGCUCCGAGCCCGUGGCUGUCUUGUAAAACGCUUUUUAAUGCUGUAUUAGUCCGUGCUUUUUAAAUUCCUUGUAAUAAAUUUUAUCUGAUCGUGUCCCAAA